AUGACCUGUUGGGGGCCCCCCCCUGCAGCAGCAGCUAAACAUCUUUGUUUGCUGCGUCUUUCUUCCCCUCAAUCCCCUUUCUUACCUCCUCCUUUCUAUCGCUGCUUCCCCUUAAACCCUAUUAACAGGGGGGGCCCCAGGGGCCUCCAGGGGGCCCCCAGGCGCCUCCUACCAGGUGCCUCCAGGGGCCCCCAGGGGGCCCCCCUGGUCCCUCUUGGGGGGCCCCCAGAAGGGUCUCUUCUAUCAGUGAGCUCCCCUGGGGGCUCCCUUUGCAUGCAUUUGGGUACCCCUACAGGAAGAGGGCAAAGAUUACUAUCUAACGAUAUAAGAUAUACUAGGCAGCAAUCAGCAGCUCCUGCUGCUGCUGCUGCAGACACUGCAGCAACAAGAAAUGGUGCAGCAGACAGCAAGCAGCAGCAGAUGCAGCAGAAGUCAACUACUCAAGCUGCGCAUGCAACAUCAUCAGGGCCCCCUGCAGCAGACGCAGCAGCAGCAGCAGCAGCUGGUGCAGCAGCAGGUGCAGCAGCAGCAGCAAAGAGACCUCCAAGGGUUAGCGGCAAGAGACGCACUUUCAAGUUACUAGCAGCAGCAGCUGCUGCUGCUGCUGCUGCAGUUGCUGCUGCUGCAGCAUUCGACACAGUGCCGCAGCAAGACACAAUCACUAACAGAGCAGCAGACGUAAGGAAGCACACACAAGAGAGUGCAGCAGCAGCAGCAGCAAAAGCAGCAGCAGCAAAAGCAGCACCAGCAUUAGAGAGAGCAGCGGUAAGCGUAGAUAAAGCAGCAGUAGCUGCAGCAGCAGCAAAUGCUGCAGCAGCAAAAGCUGCAGCAGCAAAUGCAGCAGCAGCAAGACCAGAAGCAGCAGUAAGUGGACGUAAAGCAGCAGCAACUGCUGCUGCACCCUCAGCUGCUGCAGCAGCAGCAGAUACUGCAGCAACAUCAGCUCGUAUAGAACCAUCACCAACAGCAGCAACAGCAGAUACUGCAGCAGCAGCAGCAGAUACUGCAGCAGCAGCAGCAAAUACUGCAGCAGCAGCAGCAGCAGCAGCAGCAACAGAAAGUAAGGCUGCUGUAGAGACAAAGGGACAAGCAUUACGUAGAGCCCUCCAUGAAUACGAAGAGAAGCAGCAGCAACAGCAGCAGCAGCAGCAGACAAUGCAGCAGCAAGAGCAACAACAGCAGCGACUACAGGAGCAAGAGCAGCAGCAGCAGCAGCAGCAGCAGCAGCAGCAUCAGCAACAACAGCAGCAGAGAGGUGAGCAGCAGAAACAACGGGAGAAACAAAAGGUGCAGCAGGUGGAGCAGCAGCAGCAGUUGCUGCUGCUGCAGCAGCGACAGAAGGAUCAGAAGAUGCAGCAGCAGGAGCAAGUGCAGCAGCAAGAGAAGCAGCAGCAACAGCAACAGCAACAACAGCAGGCAAGGGAUAAGCAAGAAACUGCUUCGAGAGCAGCAGCAGCAGCAGCACCGGCAGCAGCAGCACCGACAGCGGCAGCAGAAGCACCGGCAGCGGCAGCAGCAGCACCGGUAGCAGCGGCAGCAGCAGCAGCAGCAGCAGCAGCGGCAGCUUCUUUAGCUGCUGCUUCAAGCCCUAAGUGCACGUGCAGCAUUAUCCGUAGUAGAGGAGAGGAGUUAUAA